CCCUUUUCUCUUUUAUCAUCGUCGCCGUUCAAGUUCUUCUCUUUCUCCUUCCGUAUAUCUAAGGUAAAAGCCCUUUUCAAGAAGAAGAAUCCCAGACAUUGCUUCGCCAAUGACAGAACUUGCUGAAAUUGGCUCAACCGACUUCAUUUGUUUCACUUGCGGAUGCAACUUAGAGACAGAGAUCUGACCCUUUUUUCCAGUAAAUACAUCGAAGCAAGGAAAGAUAUAAUCAACCCAGAAGAAGGGGUUUCAACAUUUCACGGGAGAAAUGAGAAAACAUGGAUGGCAGCUUCCUUAUCAUCCUCUCCAGAUUGUUGCAGUUUCUGUAUUUACUGCAUUGGGUUUUGCUUUCUACGUAUUCUUUGCCCCUUUUGUCGGCAGAAAACUCUUCCAAUAUAUCGCAAUAGGGCUCUAUACACCUCUGAUUCUUUCUGUCUUCAGCUUAUAUAUAUGGUGUGCAGCAUCUGAUCCCGCUGACUCUGGAGUUUUCAAGUCCAAAAAGUACAUAAACACCCAUGACAGCAAAAAACCAAAUGACGAAUCUUCAAAGGAGGAUAUUCGCUCAGCCAGGAGAGCAACUGAAUUACCUCGACACCCAUCCUGGGCAUUUGGUCUUUUAGCUCUUAUUCCAUGCGCCUCCCUCUGCAACAAAUGCUCGAACCCACAUGAAGAAUCAACUGAGCAACAGCUUAGUGAAGAUGGCAUGUUCUAUUGUAGUUUAUGUGAAGUAGAGGUUUUCAGGUACAGCAAGCAUUGUAGAGUUUGUGAUAAAUGUGUGGACCGGUUUGAUCAUCAUUGCAGGUGGAUUAAUAACUGUAUAGGCAAGAGGAACUAUAAGAUGUUCUUCACACUAAUGGUUUUCGCUCUUCUCUUGCUUAUACUUCAAUGGUCAACCGGGAUUCUUGUGUUAAUCUGUUGUUUUAUUGACAACAAGAGAUUCUCAGUCGAUAUUACCUCGAAGCUAGGGAGUAGUUUCUCUGUAGUCCCUUUCGUGAUUGUCGUGGUAAUUUGCACCUUGUUGGCUAUGGUUGCGACGCUGCCAUUGGUUCAGUUGUUCUUCUUCCAUAUUCUCCUAAUGAAGAAGGGGAUUAGCACGUAUGAUUACAUCAUAGCUCUACGGGAGCAAGAACAAGGAACCGUUGGAGGAGGUCAACAAAGUCCUCAGAUGUCAACCGCCAGCUCGAUGACCGGGUUAAGUAGCGUGAGCUCUAUGAACACAUUCCAUCGAGCCGCAUGGUGUACACCCCCACGUCUCUUCGUCGAAGAUCAGUUUGAUGUGGUCCCACCCGACACAGGAUCGGUUAGUUCAUUCGGAAAGAAAACAUUAAUGGACGAACCGAUGAAGAAAAAAACUGCAGCUCCGGUUAAGAUCAGUCCAUGGACUCUAGCCCGGUUAAAUGCCGAAGAUGUUUCAAAAGCAGCUGCUGAAGCGAGAAAGAAAUCGAAAAUCUUGCAGCCUGUGGUCAGACGAGAGGAAGCUAAACGAGACAAUGGCAGUAGAAGACGAGCCAGCAAACGAGUUCGUUUAACCUCGGACCGACCCUUCGAACCCGACACAACUAAAUCCUCGGAUGGCAGUGUUUACAAUCUUAUUCGCGAAACCUCGACGAGUUUCGCUCCUCUACGGAUAGAACCACGAGGUGCAUUCCUGUCAAACCUAGCCGCUGUUUCGAGUUCGACAGUUGUCGUCGGUUCCUCGCCCGAAAGCAGUUUGGAUUCCCCUGAUUUACAUCCCUUUCCAAUUUCUAAUUCGGGUAUUGAGGAUGCUCGGAGAAUGACUUGUUUAUCGGCUGCGAGCGCUGCUGCUUUGAAGGGAAUCCCGUUAUCGGGAUCAGCCAGCGACGGCUAUGAAGCAUCGGGUGGAGAAGAUAGUGAUCGAGUUCCGUAUAAAUUUGAACCGAGGUCAAUGAACUACAAUAGUGUGUUUGUUCCUGACCAGCAGCAGCAGGAGCGAAUGGUGAGACUGAAGGGAUCAACUUCUUCUAGCCUAACUAACAUCAGAAGCAUUUGAAAAUAUUGUUCUUUUGUUUGUUUUGUUGUCGGGUUUCGACGACGAUGAUGAUGCCCAUUUGAUGACAUUAGACUCGACCGAGAUGGAAAGAAAUGCGACUGUUCCUCGUGUGCGGUUGAGUCUAGAUGGUCUGCUUGUAUUAUUAAAACUUGUUCCAAACCAUGACACCAUUUGUCUUGUGACUAAUUUUUCUUUGUGCAAAUGUAAUUUCAACCAUUAGGCUUGUUUUGACAUGUUUUCAUUAUUCUAAUGCAAAUGAAAUUAUU